UGUUGUAUUUCACUCCUCAUUUCAAACUAUUGUCCUCCUCCUCCUCCAUAUAACCGAAAUUGCUUGGUUCCAAGAAACCAAAGAAGAAGAAGAAAUGGUAGGAAGUGGUUCACAAGCUGUAAUGUUGUCAGCAAACAGUGGUGCUUCACUAGUCACGUCCUCUCGUCCAAGCCGAUUGUUGUUUUUGUUCUUCAACAACAACAACAACAACAGAUAUCCAUUUCGAUUCAAGAAGUCAUCAAUUCUCCGACCACUUCGAGCUUCCUCCGACGAACCUGAUUGCAAUGUUGAAGAAUGCGCCCCCGACAAGGAGGUUGGCAAGGUGAGUGUGGAAUGGUUAGCCGAGGAAAAGACCAAAGUGCUCGGUACAUUCCCACCUCGUAAUCGAGGUUGGACAGGCUAUGUUGAGAAGGACACUGCAGGGCAGACUAACAUAUAUUCGGUUGAGCCAGCAGUUUAUGUGGCAGAAAGUGCAAUCAGCUCAGGAACUGCAGGUUCAUCUGCUGAUGGAUCAGAGAAAGCAAAAGCAAUAGUUACUGGGCUUGCCCUGGUCUCCGUUGCUGCUGCUGCGUCAAUACUCCUUCAAGUUGGGAAGAUUAGCCCACCUCAGAUCCAGACCGCCGAAUACUCUGGGCCUUCCCUUACUUACUAUAUCAAUAAGUUUAAACCACAAGAAAUUAUCCAAGCUCAAGCUCAAACUGAAACUGAAAUAUCAGAGAGCAAUGCCCUACAAGUUUCCAAGGUUGAGCUUGAAUCUUGAUUUCAGCUUGAUGCUUCUACUUCAAAGGUCUAAUGUCUCUUAGCCAAUUUAAGUUUACUGAUUUUCUUUUAAUAGUUAUUAAACCUCAUCAGACAAUUUUUAUUUCUACUGUUGAUUGUAUACUAUGUUGAGGAUUAAUAUAUAUAGUUCACUGAACCUUUUGAGUUUGUGCA